UGUGCUCCCGGGUAGGUGCCGGCUCACGUCCCGGCUUGGGUCCGGGCUUAAGUCCGGGCUCAGGUCCCAGUGCCCGGGAGUCACAAGGCCGGUAGAUAGGGCCCCAGAGCCGGCGAGCCCCAUGGAGCCGCGCGCCGGGGACGGCAGCUUUUUGGGAGACGUGGGUUUCUGGGUGGAGCGCACCCCUGUGCAUGAGGCAGCUCAGCGGGGCGAGAGCCUUCAACUUCAGCAGCUGAUUGAGAGCGGAGCAUGUGUUAAUCAAGUCACCGUGGACUCCAUCACGCCCCUUCAUGCUGCUAGUCUGCACGGCCAGACCCAGUGCGUGCAGCUGCUGCUGGCAGCUGGUGCCCAGGUGGAUGCGCGCAACAUUGAUGGCAGCACCCCUCUUUGUGACGCUUGUGCCUCAGGCAGCAUCGAGUGUGUGAAGCUCUUGCUAUCCUAUGGGGCGAAGGUCAACCCUCCUCUGUACACAGCAUCCCCGCUACACGAGGCCUGCAUGAGUGGGAGUUCUGAAUGUGUGCGGCUUCUUAUUGAUGUUGGGGCCAAUCUGGAAGCUCACGACUGCCAUUUUGGGACCCCUCUACAUGUUGCCUGUGCACGAGAGCAUUUGGACUGCGUCAAAGUGUUGCUCAAUGCAGGGGCCAAUGUAAACGCAGCAAAACUGCACGAGACCGCCCUUCAUCACGCGGCCAAAGUAAAGAAUGUCGACCUCAUUGAGAUGCUCAUAGAGUUUGGAGGCAACAUCUACGCCCGGGACAACCGGGGGAAGAAGCCCUCGGACUACACGUGGAGCAGCAGCGCCCCGGCCAAGUGCUUUGAGUACUAUGAAAAGACACCUCUUACGCUCUCCCAGCUCUGCAGGGUGAGCUUGAGGAAGGCCACUGGUGUUCGAGGGCUAGAGAAAGUCGCCAAGUUAAACAUCCCUCCACGGCUCAUCGACUACCUUUCCUAUAACUGAGCUGCAAGCAGGGGCUGGGUAGGCUGGUGACUUGCCUGGCUAUCGCCUUGCUGUGCCUAGCCUUGGGCCCUAAGGAGUUCUGCCUGUUUCUCCGAAACACUGUGGUUGCUAUAGAUAGAUUGACACUGCGCUGUGUUCUUUUUGGCUGUCCUUUUGACGUCUUCCUCUGAGCCCUGGAGAAGAUCUCUGAAGCACCAGGUGGCCUGUGUCUGACGUCAUGGUUGUGGAUGUAACCCUUGCUAGUCUUCUGGAACUAAUGCUGUCAUUCUAGGCUAGGCUCAGUGCUCCAGCUUUCCUCUCGUCACCGAUUUCCCUCUAAGGCACUCAAGACAGACCGUUCAAGGUGCACAGGGAAUGCUGGGAACUCAGGACACUGAUUUUCCUAUAUCUGGGUGCCAUGCCACAGAAGAAGCAUCAGGUUCUAAGCACCUGACCCAGUAACCUGGGAUGACCAUUCUGCUGGCAUUUUGCCAUUCGGACAGUCUUUCUGGGGUAGCAGCUGGCACUUUCCAAGGUCUCCCUGCACCCAGGUAUAUCUCUCAGGGGCUUACAGAUCAGAGUAGAAAAGGCUCAGCCUUUGUACCCUGACAUCUAACAGUGUUUCAUAGGACUCAAUUCUUUUUUAAAAAGUUUAUGUUGGGUCUAGAGAGAUAGCUCAGGACCAGAGUUCAGUUCCUACCACUCACACCAGGCAGCUUACAAUGGUCUAUUACUUCAGCUCCAGGGGAUCCGACACCCUCUUCUGGCCUCCUCAAGUAUUCACACAUAUAUAUGUAUAUAUGCAUCACAUGCACACACACACAUAGAGAAGCAUACAUAAAUAGUAAUAAAAUCUUUUAAAAAUAUUUAAAAGUUUAUGUUGGAAAACCUUUAGAAUAUGUAUACACACAUAUAUGUAUAUAUAUGUCCCUAUGCAUAUAUGUAUGCUGUAACAAGAUUUAUAAUGAGCCAUGUAAACAAUAUAAACAAUAGGUGUUGAAAUAGGAGCGGCAGGGCUGCGUCCCUGGCUCCCGGCCAACCGCAUGGCUAGCUUAUGCCCGAAAUAAUUACACAGAAACUGUAUUCUAUUAAAUAUUGCCUGGCCCGGCUAGUUCCAGCUUCUUAUUGGCUAGCUCUUACAUAUUGUUCUAACCCAUUUCUAAUAUUCUGUGUAGCCCACGAGCUGGCUUACCAGGGAGGAUCUUAACCUGCGUCUGUCUGGAGCGGGAGAAUCAUGGCGACUCCUCAACUCAGCUUCUUUCUCCCAGAAUUCUGUUCUGUUUUCUCCACCCACCUAAGGGUUGGCCUAUCAAAUGCAAAUGGGCCUAGGCAGUUUCUUUAUUAAUAAGAAAUCACUCCCACAUCAAAUAGGUAAUAUGAAAGCGUGUAUUCCCUUGGGUAGUCAUUUCCAAUAUAAAGGGCUGUUAGAAGACUCUUUGAGAUAGGGUCUCACCAUGUGACUCUGGCUACCCUGAAACUUGCUAUAUAGAUCAGGCUGGCCUUGAACUCAUAGAAAUCCACCUGCCUCUGCCCCUUGAGUGCUGUGAUUAAAGCUGUGCACCACCAUGCCCCACUGUUUAAAGACUUUCAGGAUAGUUGUUCAUUUGUGUCUCUGUUUGCCAAACGGAGUCUUCACCCACCCUUUAAAGAUAAUUCCUUGAAGCUGCAAAACUAGUAAAACUGAGUGGCAGCUCCCCAGCACCCAUGAAUUCAUUUUUUUUUUGCUUCUGGAAUGUCUAUCAUGCAUAAGAUAUUAGUGCAAGACUUGAAUCAGACGGGAAUGAGAUUCAUCAGCCAAGGCAGGAAAGGAAAGUGGGCACAAUCCCUUCCUAUAGUAAUAAAAACAAGCCCUACAUUGUGGAUGAAACAUCAAGUCUUGCAUUUGGACUGAAUUUUCAUGAUUAACAUUCAAUAUCUUUUUUUGGGGGCGGGUUCAAGACAGGGUUUCUUUUUUGUGUAGUUUUGGAGCCUGUCCUGAGACUUGCUCUUUAGACUAGGCUGACCUCAAACUCACAGAGAUCUGCCUGCCUCUGCCUUCCAAAGUGCUAGGAUUAAAGGCAUGCACCACCACCACCUGGCAACAUUCUGUAUCUUAAUAAUACUGAUAAACCCCCACAUACAACAGGCAAAACUAGAGAAUUUUCUACUAGUCAUUUUAUACCAAGAAAAGCCACCUUCUUUCAGUUAUAUAUAAGUUCUAAACAAAUCCAUGUUUCUGCGUGUAAUACUAGUAACAAUCACUUUAAAAGGACAUUGGAUUCUGCCUCUUUCCUCUUUGUAAGAGUCUUGCCUCUAGCAAUAAAGCCCAAUAGCAGCUCCAUCCAGUUUAUCUUUUAGUAUAGAAUAAAGUUCCUUCACCAUUAUUGCUCAAUAAAAGUAGUUGAAUGAAGUUUGUCCUUGUGUCUUAUUUUCAAGGACACAUAUGCCAAGAUGGGCUUCAUCCUGUGAAAGCAGAGUAGGGUCACUCCCUGUCAUGGAAACCCGAUGACUAGCAUUUUGGGUCCUGUGGUGACAUUUUGUUUAUGAUCUAACAAAUAAAGCUUGCCUGAGGAUCAGAGUGCAGAGCUAGCCACACUAGUUAGUCAUAGAGGCCAGGCAGUGGUGGCACACACCUUUAAUCCCAGCAGAAGCAGACGGAUCUCUGUGAGUUCAAGGCCAUCUUGGGCUACACAAAAUUGAUAUAAAAAUUCUCUCUACAAGAGAGACAGAGCUCACACAAAGGUGAUCCUAGCAUUUCGGAUCACACUUCUUUAAUUCCAGCAUUAGGGAGGUGGAGACAGGAGUGAUAUGGCUGGGUAGAGAGAGGAAUAUAAGGCAGGAAGAGACAGGAACUCAGUGCAUGUUGAGGAACAGACUGAAUGGCAGUCUGAGGCCAGGAUCGCCCCUUUGGUCUGAGCAUUGGUAGAGGUAAGAGCUCUAGUGGCUGGCCACUCUGCUUCUCUAAUCCUUUAGCUUUCACCCCAAUAUCUGACUGCGAGUUUUUAUUAUUAAAACCAAUUAGAAUUCA